AUGUCGUGUAGUACUUGCUCGAGUAGAUUUACUGUCUUAGUUGGUGUUUUCCAUUCUUCACACGAAACAGGUCCUGCAAGCCCAGAUGAACAAAAAGCAUCAACAGACAGAACCAGAAUUAUCUCCAUCUUACGCACACCUGACUUUUUAUUCUCACUAGUCGUUUUUUCGCACAAAGGAUUUCGGAAUAGUAGCCCUUCUUCUCAUCUUCAAAGACAUGGAUAUUUUAUGUAUCAUCUUUCAGGCACUAAGAGGCAGACACUGAAUGUGUCAAGAAAGAGGUACUUGGUCAUAGCAAACCAAAAAGAAGGGAGCCGAAAAGAAGAAGAAGAAGAAGAAGUCCAAGGCGAAGAAAAAGAAGGGCGACUCUUCUGAUUCGGAUAGCUCUACCUCCUCUUCUUCUGAGAUAUCGUCGAUCAAGGACGAGAAGGAUGGCGAGGAUGUUGCUAUGGGAGACAAGCAGAACAAGAAACGCAAGCUGCGUAAGCAGGAAUCCAUCCUAGCGGAUAUCCGUAAGGAGCGUGAAGGCCUGGAGCAAGCUCGAAAACUUUUAGCGGACCAACAAAAGCCUGCGGAUCCCGGGGUAAACUAGCUCUUCAAGAUCAUCGUUGCCCACUGAUGGGCAUCGCCCGCCGUCUUCUUCUACACAAGCAAAACUUUCUGAUCGUCGCAACAAUCCAAGUACACAACCCGACGCCCCUUCUCCAGUUAGCGCAAUAGUACUGAUCUCCAUCAUCUCCAUAGACGACACCAUUCUGAGCCUCUUCCUUUGUUGCCAGAAAAUAAGCCGAUGCAGCAGCAGCAGCAGCACUAAAAGUGCAGCCCCUGGAGGGGCAUGACUAGGGUCGAACAUGAGCAUCGAAGGCUGAAAAUAAAAUCCGUGUUGAAUGGUGUGCUUAUGGCGAUGGAUAGCGCACCCCAUUGAUUUGCCUCAUUCUCCAGCAGAAGGAAAGCGUGGGUGUUCAUGCUGUGAGCACCAAACAACGAAGUCAUUGAAGAUGUACCCGCAUGCUGUUGACCUUUUCCACUGAUGAAACAAGAAGGUCAAACGAAAGAAGUACGAUGAUGAUCCAUGCAAUUUCUGUCGGUCUUAUAAAAUUGACUAAAGCUUUACCCGAUAAGAGUCACAUGCUUAAGAUUUUAACUAUUUGAUCCCACACCUGAAGUCGAUCGUGUGCUUAGUUGGUAUUCUAGUGGUGGAGGGAAACUGGUGAGGCUUGUGGAAUAAAUAAGUGGUCCAAUUAAUAAGCACAACAUCAAGCAGUUC